CUCGCUAUAGGAAGUUCAAAACAGGAAGUUGUCCGUUUCUAGGCAACAUAGCUACACCACUACUUUUCGUGUUGGUAAGAAGUUGGCGCAUUAUUUCAUUUAAAAAAGAUCAAAUCAUAGGCAAGAAGCAGAAUGGCUGCAACAGCAGCAAUAGACAACUUCCAUAAUUCUAUAAGAACUUUGGCGCAAACCAAGAGAAUCAGAGUUACAGAAUUUUUCCAAGAUUUCGACAAACUACGAUCUGGUUUUGUAACAGCACCACAGUUUUCAAGAUGUUUAUGGCAGACAUUGGGGUUGCAGCUCACACCAGCCCAGGAGGAAUUAGUGAAAACGAACUAUGAUCUUAAAGGGAAUGGACAGAUCAAUUACAAGCUGUUCUGUGAUAUCAUUGACCAAAAUUUUAAUGCAAGAGAUCUCGCAAAAAAUCCUGAGUCACAAAAGAUUGUACCACAAGAGUUUCUUGGAACAUUGAGAACUGUACGGCCGAUGAGUCCAGGGGCGGAAAGAAGAUUGAUUAAGCUCCUACAGCACAUAGAACAAUUCUACAGCUACCAUGGUAUCAAUCUGCGAACAUGCUACGAGGAUUUUGACAGGCAUCAUAUGGGUGUCGUUACUGAAAGUCAGUUUUAUCGCACUUUCCCUGGUCCCCCUGAUGUCAGUGAGGCCGACAUGACAAUUUUAGUACAGAAGUACCGCGAUCCUGAUCGACCAGGUCUUCUCAACUAUCUCAACCUUCACCAUGAUAUUGUAGCCAUCGGGGAACAAAUGGCCAAAGACAAGGAGUUGAUUGAGGCUCCAUGUACACAAGUUGAUAAUACACGUGUAAUGCUAACCCCUGACCCAGAUCUGAACACAAUAUUUGACAAGAUACGCAUGGCAGUAUUCAAGAACGGAAUCAGAACUACAGAGUUUUUCAAAGAUCACGACAAACUUCGCAGCGGGAUUAUAACAGAAAACCAAUUUGUAUGUGGUCUGGCCUUGGCAGUUGGCAAGGAGGCUCAGCUAUCUAGAGCUGAAAUACAAAAGAUUGUUGAAUAUUACCGGCAACCAGAUGGACGAGUGAAAUAUAAGGAGUUUUGCGAUAUAAUGGAAAAUGCAUUCACAAUACCUGAUCUGGAAAAGAAACCCCUGCAGAAUGUUGUACGACCAGUUAAAGGAGCACUAUCAAGAGGUUUGAAGCCACUAACAGAGGCAGAGGAGAGGAGAAUCCAGGAGAUUAUCAGCCAGAUCUCAGACAAUGUACGGCGACGGAGACUCAUGAUGUACCCGUACUUCAAGGACUAUGACAGGGGUGUCUCUUACACAAGAGUUGUUACACCAACACAGUUUGGUCGAAUUCUUCAUUUCCUGUCCCUGAAUGUGUCACCAGAGGAUCUGAAAUUAUUGUUGAGGAAGUUUGAAGAUCCAGCAACUGGAGAUGUCAAUUAUCCAGCUUUUGUACAGGCAGUUGAUCAAGAAUUUGUUGGUCAUACAAUGGAUGAUGCUGACUUGAGUCAGAAAGGCCGGACAAACACACCAGUGAAGGAGCGUGUAGCAACAGCUGCCGACAGCAACGUUAGUUACGAGGACUUGAUGUCAAGAAUCAGACAUAUUGUCCUGACAAACAGAUUAAGGGUUGGCGAGUUCUUUGAAGAUUACGAUCCCCUGCGAAGUGGGUCGAUUAGUAAAUCACAGUUCAGACGAGGCCUGGGCCUGUUGGGAAUGAGUAAGUUAGGCUCACAUGAUAUGACUGAGGGUCAAUACAAACUUCUGUGUGAUGUGUACACAAACCCACAGAAAGAGGACCAAGCUCUGUGGACAAGGUUCCUCUGGGAUGUUGAAACAGUGUUUACUCAACCAAACCUUGAAAAGGACCCGGAGACCAGAGUACCACCUCAGGAGAUAUUCAGAGUACCAAAGCCAGGAACCGUGAACUGGGAAAAUGCUUCAGAAGACCAUAUGUCACUGUAUAAUGCAACAAUGGACCGCCUUAGACAAAGGACUGAACAGAGAAGAGUGCUAGCUAAACCUGUAUUUCAGGACUUCGACAGGCAUAAUAAUGGUCAUGUGACCAUGUCACAGUUCCGUCAGUGCUUAACAAUGCUGGAGCUUCAUUGUACAGAGCCGGAAAUGAUUGCCUUGGAAGCAAAAUUCCAUAACGACACAGGCUUUAACUAUUUGGCUUUCCUGUCAGAGCUCAUGCCAGAGGAACCGCCACAGUUCAUGUACAGAUCUAGACUUGAGGAGCUCAGAAAUACAAAUGCAAAGAAAACACUGCCAGAGUUAAAUGCUCAAAAAGACCUUGAGAGCAUUCUACUGAAAGUGAAAACAAAGGUAAGCCGAGAAAGGAUGCGAGUGCUGGAGUUCAUGAGAGAUUAUGACAAGUUACGAUCAGGAAGAAUGUUGAAAACAUCAUUCCGUAGAGCUCUAGACUUAUGCAGGUUCGAGCUCCGGCAGUCAGAGGUGUCCAUCCUUGAAGAUAGAUAUCAGUCUACACAAGACAUUGAUUAUGUUGACUACCUGAAGUUCUGUGAUGAGGUUGAAUCUAUCUUCACCACUAAAGAGUUGGAGAAGCGCCCCCUGGAGGAUGUUGUACAGUUCAAACCUCCAGAGGAAUGGGAGAGGAACAAACUGCCUGUCGACCAGCAGAACAGAUUCAAAUCCUGCAUGGAACGACUAAGUGAAAAGGUCCGGAAGCACCAGAUGCAAUUAUUUCCAUUGUUUGAAGAUUACGACAGAGUUCACAACGGUACAGUUUCAAGGUCACAGUUCAGACGCGUACUUACCGAGCUUGAACUUGGAGGCCUAGUAAGCCAGCAAGAUUUUGAACUGCUCUGGCAACAGUUUGAUGUAAAGAUUGGUGGAAAAGAUGACGUCAGCUAUAUAGCAUUUUGUGAUAUGAUCUAUAAAUUGGCAAAUUUUGAAGUGAGAAAACCAUAAAAGAGUUAAAAAAUGUUUAUUGUAUUUCAUGCAAAGACACUUUCUCAUCAUUACAUCUCUCAAAAAAAAUAGUAUGUUAAAAUAAAAUUUAGUAAGCUUUAAUGUUUUUCAUUUUCAUUAAAGCGUUUUAUUAAUCAUUAUGAGUGAUUUUUCAGAAUAUUCAGAAACUGAUUUGUCUUUGUGUACAAAUGCAUAUUAUCAUACUUUGUCCCUAAGAAAACAAAAAAUUGUUAUUUUUGCUUUUAUCUUUGUUGAAUAAUCAAAAAAGUGUCAAUGAAAUGCGCCCAUGCAGGCUUUGGCGGAAGUAAGUAAGUUUGCCAUAACACAUUGCAGCUUAUUGAAUUGUUUAAAAGUAAAUUGACACAUAUUUACCUAUUGUUAAAUAUGGCUUUAAUAAUGAGCUGUCAAAUGUCUGCAUGAUCAUGGCCAUUUUUGUUUUGCAAACCUGCAUCUUAAUAGUGACAAUAUAUAUUUUAUUAAGUUACGUCUGUGGUUUGACAAAAUCCUCUUUUGCAUACUUUGAAUAAUAUACAUGUAUUUAUGCAGUUAAUUUUACACAGAAACCAGUACGAGUGUGUAUUAAUCAAAAACAUUUGAAACAUUUACAUUUUCUUCUUUAUUGUUGAUAUUUCUUGGAUAUUUUAGUCAUGCAGAUUUCAUAUGUUACUGUAAAGUUUCUAAAACUAUAAAAUAGAGAUUUGAGACCAGGCUAAGAAUACAGCCUUGCCAUUGGUCAGUUUCAAGACCAAGCUAAAAAUUAACCAGUCUGAUGCUGAAAUUUUGAGACUGGUUCCAAAACAGUUUUAUAAUGUAGGGCAAAAUUCUGGAGCCAAAUUGGAAAUUUGAUUUUUAAACGAGCAUUUUCAUAGCCUUGGAGCCUACUUUUUAUGAAAAUAUUUUUUUUCAUGUUACUUUUUAUAUUUGUUAAUUAUGUUUUUUAUCUUACAACUUGAAAAGUAUUUCAAAGCUGUUAUAUUUUACUGCUGUUUUAAAAGUAUUAAGAUUUUUUUUACAUAUUUUAACAUGAAGCUGUAUAAAAAUCAAAACAGUCAUUUCAUUAGUUUUCAUUAACCAUAAUGCAUGUGAAUCAUACAAUCGUAACUCCUUUAAGUACCUGCACAAAUAUUAUUAUUAUGGUACAAAAUCUGACAAAAAAUGAUUUUUUAUGCAUCUAUGCAUGAGUAUUAAAGUUCUUACAUUUGAAUUUCUGGGAUGUUAUGCCAUUAAAUGUAUAAAAUGUAACAGAGUUUACAGAAAACUUGUUAAAAAUGAAGGCUUUUUUUUUAAUCCAGAAUCUUGUUUUAUUUAAACUAGUGUAUAAAAGUUAUGUUAUAUAACAGAGAUUUUGUUAUGUCAUAUCAUUAUGUUGAAAGUAUUAUGUUGUUAUGUCUACAUAGAAAGAGUGUCAAAGAAUUUAUGUCUACAGAUAGUAUUAUGUCUAGCGGUCCAUGUCCGUAUGUCAGUAUUAACAGAGUUUUACUAAUAGUAUUUGUUUAAUGUUAUUUUUUGUGAUGUACAAGUAACUUUGUAUAAAGCAAAUUCUUAAUUUAGCUUAUGAUGAUACUGUUGCUUUUAUUUAUUUAAAAAGCUAAAUAUAUACACAGCAUAAUCAUAUCCUAUGCAAUUAUAGGGACACACUGUGACUGAUGCCUAAACCCUUUUGUCUUAACUUUUACCCUGCUAGAUUUUUAAAAUGGACUAAUCCACCAUUCAAUUUGGUCAGUACCACUUCUUAUUCAAAGGGGUGUUCACUGAAAAUUUACUGACUGAAUCACUAAGCGAACAGUGCAGGCUGAUCUUGGUCUGCACUGGCCGCAAAGGCAGAAUCACUUGCCGCCAGCAGGCUAAAGGUUAAAGACUGAUGAAAACCAUAUUUUUAAGAGAUUUUUUUACAAUUUACCAGGAUUUGUAAUGACAAAAUACACAUAAAACAUCAAAAUGUGUCUUUCUGUUGUCUUUUACUAAGAGACAAGUGAAAACCUGGAAUUGCUACUGAUCUUAUACUCUUCAGAUCUACUGAAGUAGUAAGUAACAAUAUUGAAACAAGGGGAAAAAAACAUCAGAAUAUAAAAACAGGGUUCAAAUUGAAUUAUUUCUGUUUUCAUCAUUAUUUAAGUGUAUUUUUGUUAUGGUAAUCAUUUGGACUGCAACACUGGUUUAUUCAUUCAAUAUAAAUCUAGUUCAGAUGCAGAAAAAGUUAUCACACCCAGACACAAUUUAUAAAUUUUGCAAGCGUAAAUGAUCCUUUUACAGAAAAUAGUUGUAAAUGUUGCAAGUAAGAUUAGUUUUACUUUUUGUUUGAAUUUGUGAAGUGCUGAUCCCAAGUAUUAAGUUAAGAGUAAGUAAAACCACUAGAAAGAUUAUCAAACCUAUAAUCAAAGAUGUUGCAUAUAAUAAACAAUAUAUUAUUUGAAUUUAGAAAUUUUGUUGAAUGAGACAACCAGUGUUUGUAGAUCAAAGCUGGAGGAUACUGAAUGCCUGGGUCAGUAUUGUGUUGUAUAUCUGUGAUAGAAUUGUCUUACACUAUAAAUAUAUAUAACUGUACAUUAAGACUGAAAAUAAAUUGGAGAUAUAAAGUGUUA